CGCAGUUUAAUCGAUUCAUUAUGAUUUUGCCAAACUGUGACGGCCAUAUUGUCACAAACUUCGAUUAGUACUCGGAAUACGCAUUAGAGGUGUUGUUAGUUACGGGCAUGAUCAGGCUUCGCUCUGGAUAAACCCUAGGCAACCGUCUCCACUUCGUUUAUUUAUUAUUAGUACUAAAUGAGUUGUCACUGAAUGUAUGAGAAAGCAAAAUAAAUGUAACACAUUAUAUAAACAAAAUUAACCACAACACAUAUUCUGACAGAAUGAACAUCUGUAAAAGGUGUAAAUGAAUUAUCACAAUGGAAUUUGAUACUUCCAAAGUCUUCAAAACUGAACAAUUUGAACAAUUGAUCAUCGCAAACAUAAAAAAAGAGCCCGAUAUAAUUGAAAUAGACGAACAGACAUAUUCGAAUGGAAUUUCUGCGAAUGAAUCGAAAGAAUCCAUUGAUUCAAAUAUCAACAAGAUAUUCGAAGACACCGUCAUUUAUGAUGAAAUCGUCAAAGAAGAGCCUGUAUUCUUUGAUCCAAUUGAAUCUCAAGUGCUUUCAAUUUCAAAGACUGAAGGAGAAUUGGUGGCAUUCAAAAAUAUUGUAUCAUUCACAAUUCCAACAAUGUCGAAAAAACCAAAACAAAAGAAAAUGUUUGAAUGCCAUAUAUGCAGAUGUCAAACAGAAAACAUAGGUUUAUUGAAAUGGCACUUAAAAGAACGCCAUUCAAAAGAGUUUAUAGUGCAAAACCAACGUUCACAAAAUCCGGACACUAAAAAGCAAAACAUAAAACAACAAAUAUUUAAAAAAAGGACAUCGGAUAAAAAGCAAAAAUUAAAACGAAAGAAAUCAAAAAUGUUAAACCAACAAUCGAAGCUCAAUUCACUUCAAUUCAGUUCGCCAAGUCAACAAAUUACCGAAAAGGUACACGAAUGUACAUAUUGCCGCAGAAAAUUUAACACAUUCCAACGUCGUGAAAAUCAUGAACGUGUUCAUACCAAGAAACAACCAUUUAAAUGUUCUGUGUGCAUAAAAAAAUACAACACCAAAGUUAGUUUACAAAUACAUAUGCGCAUUCACAAUGGAAUUUCAUUGAAGUCCCAACGCCACAAAGGUGGGAAAAAAUUGAAAAUUGUGAAAAACAUUGAACCGGAUGAGUUUUUAAAAUUCCGCAGUUUUGAAUGUUAUUUGUGUACGUUUCAUGGUCUCUUAUGGGCCCUGCAAGCUCAUAUGAAGGAAGACCAUACUGGAGAAAAAGUAUUCCAAUGUAAAAUUUGUUCCAAAAAGUUUUUACAAAAACCAUUCUUGAAAACACACAUGCUGUUGCAUACAAAAAUUUAUCAAGUCGAAUGUCCAGUAUGCGGAAAACUACUUGCAUGCAAGGAAAAUUUAAAUAUUCAUAUGCGAUAUCAUUCAGGAGACUUCCCUUAUGAAUGUAAGCAUUGCUUGAAGAAAUUUCCAACGAAAUGUGCGGUAAAAACUCAUGUUAGAAUCCACACGGGUGUCAGACCGUUCGGGUGUGAUUAUUGCGACAAAAAAUUUCUUAAAAGAUGUGAUUUGGUUCGGCAUACUCUCAUACAUACUGGUGAAAGACCAUUUAAGUGCGAUAUUUGUCAGAUGACCUUCACACGUAAUCAUCUGUUAACAGACCAUAAAAAAAAUAUUCAUAAUCGCUUUGUGUAAUUUGAAAAAAUUAACAAUAUCAAAAAGAAAUCCUAAAUAAAUAUUUUUUAACCA